GGCUCGUUCACGGGCACAUCAUCACUGGGAGCUGCAGGACAGUGAGCUGCAGCCCGGAAAGAGACAGAAGCUUCUUGUAGCAACCGCGGAGCUAGCAGCUUUACCUCCAUGUGUGUGUGCGCGCUGUCACAAGGCUGAAGAGUCCGGGCUGAGGACGCAUUUUUCUGCACUCUCAUAUCUGAAGAGCACGGUAGACUGCAGCGGAGCGGCAGGGACGCGGACAUGGCGACAUCCAGCCCGUGUGUUGUGAUCAGUGACGAAGAGCAGGGCUAUGACCUGGACCUUUUCUGCAUACCAAAGCACUACGCCUCUGACCUGGAGAGGGUGUACAUCCCACAUGGACUCAUCCUGGACAGAACAGAGAGGCUGGCCAGAGAGAUCAUGAAGGAAAUGGGGGGGCACCACAUUGUUGCCCUCUGUGUGCUUAAAGGGGGUUACAAGUUCUUUGCAGACCUGCUGGACUACAUCAAGGCCCUGAACAGGAACAGUGACCGCUCCAUCCCAAUGACAGUGGACUUCAUCCGCCUCAAGAGCUACUGUAAUGACCAGUCUACAGGUGAGAUCAAAGUAAUCGGUGGAGACGACCUUUCUACGCUGACCGGCAAAAACGUCUUGAUUGUGGAGGAUAUUAUUGACACGGGGAAGACAAUGAAGACUCUAUUGCAGCUCCUCAAACAGUACAAUCCCAAAAUGGUUAAAGUAGCAAGUUUGUUGGUGAAAAGAACACCGAGAAGUGUUGGCUACCGACCGGAUUUUGUAGGAUUCGAGGUUCCUGACAAAUUUGUGGUGGGGUACGCACUAGACUACAACGAGUACUUUAGAGAUCUAAAUCAUAUCUGCGUCAUUAGUGAAACAGGGAAGGAGAAGUACAAAGCAUGAAGAAGCCUCAUCGCUGAUUUUAAUGUUCGGUUCUAUUCUUUUUACUCUCUGCGGUUUGUUUUUAUAUUUUUAAUGAGUUCAUAUUUGUGUCAUAAAAAGUACUCUGGCUGCUCAGGGUCUCUGAGGAUACACUGAUAAUCCUGACAUUGCUUGUUUUAGCCACACACACACCGCACGCACACACACACACACACACACACACACACACACACACACACACACAUAGACAAGAUGAGAUUCAUCCUUUGAGACAUUUGAUUGCCUUAGAUAGAAACCACGUCUGGGUGAAGCAGCAUGGAGCCCAGCUUCACUUAAAAUUAGUGUAAUUCUUCUGUAUAAUGCCCCCCCCACCCAACACUGAUUAAUUAUUUUUUUAAGCAACUGAGUAAUUUAUUCAGAGCAGUGCUGCUAACUUGAAUUACAUUAUCACAAUUGUUGUGCUACAAUAAGAAUUUGACGCACCUCCUAUUUAAUGAAAUGUUGCUUUUUAUUGUACUUUCACCUGAAACUAUCGAAAGAGGAUGUUACAUGUUCAUCCAAACACAUUUCUGUGUUACCGCACGUCGUGUAAUAAGAUCUUCUGAGGAUACAUCGUGUUGAGAAGUGACUCAGUGAUUGAUUAAACACAUGGGUACGUAUGCUGAAGAUGAAAUAUCCUCUUUUAUGUAUGAAACUCUUUGUCUGUACGAAGCAUCCACACAGCUCAAUUCUUUGUGGAAGAUUUUUUUUUUUUUAAAUGCUGGAAAAUAUGUAUAGUUUUUUUCACACGUGUAAAUGUUCAACUGAUAACCGUUGAAUCACAUGUUUGAAGUAUGGACCUGUCAUUGAUCCAGACAUCAUUUCUAUGGUGGUCAUUCAAUGGUGCUGUCACUGUAAACCAAUGUCGCUGUUUUGCAAUACCAGCCAUUAAAUGUUCACACCUCCUCCUCUGA